AAGCUGUAAGUAAAAAAUUAAUUGAAAUUUAGAAAUAAAUUCACACUCCAAUUAUUCCAUUCAAUCGAUUAGAAAAACAUAUGAUUCUAAUCAAAUGUUAUUUCUUUAUAUUUUCUAUGAUGAUUAUUCUUCAAGAAUAAAUGUUUAUUUUACUUGAGUUUUUCGAACUAAUCAAUAUCUACUUAAAGAUAAAUUAAAACGAUCUGAAACUUUUCUAGAUUCAAAUAUUGAUUAAAUAAGCAUAUCUUUGAGCUUAAGCAUCUCUUUUUUUUUUGUACUAUUGACAAGAGUAAAACAUGAGAUAUCAAUUUAUAUUCAAUCUUCAGGAAGGUUUUUUUAAUGAAUUAUAGACUAUUAAAACUGACUUUAAUCGAUUCUUAAAAUAUUUAAACUAAACUUGGAGGAACGAUACGCCGGACAUGAUAGAAGAUCCAUAGUCUUUUAUUACGACAAAGAGUUUACUACGUUUAUUUAUAUUUUAAAGUCAUAUCAAUGUUGAAAUUUAUAAAAAAAAAAAAUCUGCAAACAAGGCGUCUAUAAACUUAGUUUUAACUUCGAAAAAACUAUUAACUUUCUUUUUAGGUUCAAGAUCAACUUGAACGUGUUUGUAAAUUCAAUUGUACAUUACGUCAAAAGAAUACAUUUUCUACUAAUCAAACUCAACGAUUAAUGGUCGAAAAAUUGGAUUUAGAAGUUCAACUUAAAGAAAAAGAAAAUUUUAUAAAUCAUAUGAAAGAUCGUGUUACUGAUGAACUUACUAGUCCAACAUCACCUAUAAAUCCAAUAAAUGAUUUUACAACACUUGAAGCUAAUCAACCACGAUUUUCAUUUGAAGAAUUACGACAAUUAUUAUGGGAACGAAAUGAUUUAAAAACAAAAUUAAUGGAAGUUGAAGAAGAAUUACGAUUAUUUAAAGAACAAGAAGAUGAUAAUAAUGGCGCUGUCGAGGGUCCAAUUCCAUUAGAACCUGAUGAAAAAUUAUAUGGUCAUAAACGUGAUGUAUCAAAAAUUCGUCAAUUUAUAAAAUUUUUUUUAUUCUCUCCUAUUAUUGUUUGCUUUGCAUUUGUCUCACUGUGCUUAAAUUCAUUGUUUCCAUCAACUCAACCAUCAUCAUCAUCAUUUAAAAAAAAGACUCCAGUUAACUUAUUAGCAACUCCAUCGACACCGAUAAGAUCAAAUGUAACUUCUGGUCGAUCUUAUUCAACAUUUUCUUUACCAUCUGUCGAACCGAAACCUCCAUGA